AUGAGAGUGUUUAUCGGCGUCAAGGAAUUCGAAGUACACCUGGUCACCAAGGAGCCCCCAAGCCAGCAAAGGCUGAUAAAAGUGAACACCGCAGUGUCAGCUCUCAUUCCUUUCCACUUCGAAUCGUGUCGUUUGAUCGACAACCUCCUCUCCCCCUGUAACGUCAGCUCAACUUCGCCCCCAACUCGCCGCCCACGUCCAACUCGCCGCCCUUACAACUUCGCCCUCGCCCCUUACCUCCAACUUCGCCCCCAACUCGCCGCCUUACCUUCAAACUUCGCCCCCACUCGCCACCUCCAACUUCGCCCCCAACUCGCCGCCCUUACCAACUUCGCCCCAACUCGCCCCCUUACCUCCAACUUCGCCCCAACUCGCCGCCCUUACCUCCAACUUCGCCCCCAACUCGCAACUUCGCCCCCAACUCGCCAAAACUUCGCCCCAACUCGUGCCCGCCCCCUCACCUCAACUUCGCCCCAACUCGCCGCCCUCACCUCCAACUUCGCCCCCAACUCGCCACCUCACCUCCAACUUCGCCCCCAACUCGCCGCCCUCACCUCCAACUGCCAACUCGCCGCCUUACCUCCACUUCGCCCCAACUCGCCGCCCUUACCUCCAACUUCGCCCCAACUCGCCCCUUACCUCCAACUUCGCCCCCAACUCGCCGCCCUCACCUCCAACUUCGCCCCCAACUCGCCGCCCUUACUCGCCGCCUUACCUCCACUUCGCCCCCAACUCGCCGCCCUCACCUCCAACUUCGCCCCCAACUCGCCCCCUUACCUCCAACUUCGCCCCAACUCGCCGCCCUUACCUCCAACUUCGCCCCCAACUCGCCGCCCUCGCUCCAACUUCGCCCCCAACUCGCCGCCUCACCUCCAACUUCGCCCAACUCGCCCCCAAAACUCGCCGCCCCCUCACCUCCACUUCGCCCCAACUCGCCGCCUCGCGCCCCCAACUCGCCGCCCUUACCUCCAACUUCGCCCCAACUCGCCGCCCUCACCUCCACUUCGCCCCAACUCGCCCGCCUCACCUCCAACUUCGCCCCCAACUCGGCCCUCACUCCAACUUCGCCCCCAACUCGGCCGCCCCUCACCUCCAACUUCGCCCCCAACUCUCACCUCCAACUUCGCCCCCAACUCUUAA